CGGUGCUGACGGAGCGGGACUCUGGAUAACACAGUUGACAGCUGGGUGUACUAGGAUAGGUUUGCUAUCUGAUCACUUUCACUUUGGAGAUCAGCUAUCGAUCGACCUAUAUUUACAGCUCAAUAUCCUGGAAAGGCACUUUCUGCAUGAAUCCGGACAGGGGACUCUGUCGUGACCAUGCUGAAAAUGUCCAAAGCGACACUUUGCCUUUGUUUGUUGAUUGUGUGGGAGACAACAGUAUUUUUGGGAACUUGCUCCACGGCAGCUACAAGUUUUGACGAGGAUGCUUUCACCAUCCAGCACUCUGACACAAAGAAGUGCCUCGGUACAGGAGAUUCAGCUGACCUGAUUCUCUCCACCUGCACCUUAAACAGCAAGUCUCAGCUAUGGAAGUGGGGUUCGGGUCACCGGCUCUUUCAUGUGGCCACAACCCAAUGCCUGGCUUUGAACCUGCGCACUAAGGCAUUGUCCUUAGUUGACUGUGGGUCUAACAUGCUGCUGUGGUGGCGUUGUUUGAAUGAGGCAGUUUACACGGUCUAUCAAAUGGGUCUGGUGGUCAGCAAUGGCAAAGUUACUGUCAAGAGAGAUUCUGAGGAAGCCUGGGUUCGAGGAGGAUCCCAGGAUAACAUCUGCCAGAGGCCAUACCGUGUCAUCCACACAACCAAUGGAAACUCUGCUGGCGCUCCCUGUGAUUUCCCCUUCAAAUACAACGACACCUGGUAUCAUGGAUGCCUCCCACAUGUAGAAAACCCUGGUCUGUCCUGGUGUUCAACCACCCCUGACUAUGACAAAGACAGAAAGAAUGGAGACUGUCUAAUAUAUGAAGAGGGUUGCCAGACUCUGUUUGAGGGACCAGAAGGGAAAACCUGCUAUGAGUUUGUUCCUUUUGCCGCAGUGACCUGGCAAGAAGCUUUGGACUCAUGUCGUAGCCAGGGAGCGGAUCUGCUCAGUGUGUCAGGGCCAGAGGAUCUCCAUUCCGAAACCUUUUUGGAUGGGCUUGGCAGAAUGCCUGAGAGGAUGUGGAUCGGCCUUCAUCAGUUAGACACUUCUCAGGGCUGGCAGUGGUCAGACGGCUCACCUUUCUUCUUUCUCCGUUGGGAAGAAGAUAUGCCAUCCACCUCCAUGAUUACUGAGUCAGACUGUGGAGUCCUUAAUAUGAAUCAGAACUAUGAAUCAGAGUCAUGCAACCAACGACUACCAUACAUCUGCAAGAAGACUGUCAAUGCCUCUCACACUCCAUCAGAAGAGUCUUUGGUUUAUAAGGAAACAUUGUGUGAAGUGGGUUGGGUCCCAUGGAAUGGUUGGUGUUACAAAAUGGUGAAGGACAAAUCACUGAACUUUAUGGACGCCCUGAUGCACUGUAACAGCACAGAGAUGGGAGGAGGCUUUCUAGCCAGCUUCCACUCUAUUGACAGCAAGGAGAUGAUCAGUAAUAAUUUUCAUGAAGAUGGCCAGUUUUUGGAUGUGUGGAUUGGUCUGAUUGGCUCAGGCACCUCUCCCACCGUCUUCAAGUGGAUCAACGAAGCACCCGUCACCUUCACCUACUGGGAACCAGACCAACCCGUCCAGCUCAAACUGGAUACUAGCUGUGUCUUCUACUCAGGGGAGUCUCAUGGUUGGAGGGUUGGGGACUGCUCCAAGAGCCUGCCUUUUAUGUGUCAGAAGAAAGGAGAAGUCCAGGAGUCAGCAGCAGUCGCCGGAUGUCUCUAUGAGGAUGGUUGGAGGAGACACGGCAAUUCCUGUUACCAAGUGAAGACCAAACAAGUGUUCUUCAAAGAUCAUUGUAACAUGACAAUAAGAAACAGGUUUGAGCAGGCUUUCAUUAGCCGUGUGCUCAGUGAGCACAUCACCAUAGAAACUCAAUAUUUUUGGAUUGGACUUCAGGACAUUAAGAACACAGGAGAGUACCAGUGGAUGAGCCAGAACAGGUCUGAUGGUGUGGUUACAUACACCAACUGGGGCUGGUUUCAACCAGAACGGGAUGGAGGUUGUGCUGUAAUGUCCACAGCAAAACCCCUGGGCAAGUGGGAAGUGAAAAACUGUACCCUUUUCAAGGCCGGCACCAUUUGUAGGAAAGAUCUUAGUCCACCUCCAUCACCAGAACCAGAGCCGGACCCGAGUGCACCCUGCCCAGAUGGAUGGGUGUCAAGACAGAACAUCAGCUAUUGCUACAAGGUUUUUCAUGAGGAAAGGUUGAGCAGGAAACGCUCUUGGAAGGAAGCUGAGGGUUUUUGUCGAGCACUGGGAGCCACCCUGCCCAGCUUCCAACAUUUUGCGGAGAUGAGAGCCCUGCACAGCAUCUUAAGAGACUCAAUCAGUGAUAAUCGGUAUUUCUGGAUUGGGCUGAACAGAAGGAACCCAGCAGAUCGCUCCUGGCAAUGGAGUGAUGGUCAGCCUGUAUCUAUGGACAUUUUACACCAAGACUUCCAUGAGGAUGAUGCAUACAACCGUGACUGUGCUGCAUUUAAGACAAUGAGAAGCAGUCUGAAACAUCUGUUUGUGUUCCUGCUCCAUGACUUUAACCCCACACCGUUCUUUUCCACGCCAUUUCACUGUGAUGCCAGGCUAGAGUGGGUCUGCCAAAUACCCCGUGGAAAAACCCCUAAGACCCCAGAGUGGUACAAUCCUGGGGGGCACCACGAGACCUCUAUCUUUGUAGAUGGAGGGGAGUAUUGGUUUGUAAAGGAGCCUAAGCUGACAUUUGAGGAGGCAAAGCUCUACUGCAGUACAAAUGGCAGUAAACUGGCUGUGCCGCCGAGCUUCACUGCUGCCAGACAGAUCCACCAGUACCUGCCUAAUGUUUCAGGUACCUCUAAGCAAAAGUGGUGGGUUGACAUGAAAGAACCUGGCCAGUUAUUCCCCUUGACGUACACACAGAUGUACCUCUAUCAUUCAGUUUUCCUGGGCAGAUGCACAACUAUCAGCCCUGAUAACAUCUUCCCUGAUUUUGAUACCAGUUGCAGGCAGCGUUUGCCUUUUGUAUGUCAGAAACACAACGUCACAUCGGUGGAGAUAAACCCUAUGGAGCCUCAUGCUGGAGGUCUGCCAUGUGGAAAUGACUCCUUGGCCUUCAGAAAUAAGUGCUACACCCUGAUGAAGGGCACAACACGAAUGCCAUUCAGGACUGCCAAUGAAGAAUGCCAGUCUGUGAGAGGAACCCUGGUCAGCAUAUCAGACCAGGUGGAGCAAGACUUCAUCACCAGCCUGCUGCCAAGUAUGACAGACAUGACGAGGGUAUGGAUUGGUCUGAAGCUCAAACCCAAUGAACCAAAAUGGGUGGACCAGUCCCCGGUGUCAUUUCUCAACUUUAACCCCCUACUUCACGGGAUGCUGAAGCCCAUAAUAAUCAGCCAUCUUGAUCCAGAGAGUAUGGAUUUGUGUGUGUUCAUGAUCAAUAACCCCCACUCUGCCAUGAUGGGUAGCUGGGACUUUGCUUCCUGCGGGGAAAGUCAAAACCUGGCUGUUUGCCAACACUAUGCAGAUAAACUGGAGGAGCCCCACGUCCCCUCUCAGCCCUUCAGUGUCAAUAACCACACCAUCCUGCUGCUUCUCAAAAAUCUCACCUGGUUUGAGGCCUUGGAGCAGUGCAGACAAAAUAACAUGGACCUGGCAAGUGUGGCCGAUACCAUCCUGCAAUCCAAUCUAACUGUGCAUGUCAACCGGGCUCGAACACCCAUGUGGAUCGGCCUCUUUAGCGAAGACGAUGGGAUCCACUACCGCUGGACUGACCACAGUCACACUGUGUUCAGUCGCUGGUCUUCUGAUGUCUCCGGUGGCUCCUGUGUCUACCUCGACACAGACGGCUUCUGGAAAACCACAGAGUGUGAGGAGGAGCUCGGAGGCGCAAUCUGCCACAAACCACACAACGAGAUAAUCACUACACCAGAGGAUGUUGCUGUGAAGUGUCCCCAUAAAAUUAAUGGUCCCAACUGGAUCCCCUUCAAGAACAACUGCUACUCCUUCCAGCUGGUCGCCUCCAGAUGGGAACAGUUUGAUCAAGGACAAAUCCAUGAAACGUGCACAAAACUUCAUGCAAGCGCAGAUAUUCUCACAGUCAGAAAUGAAGAAGAGAAUGAGUUCAUCAGGCAGCAGCUCAUGCCUUUCAGAAACCUGGUCCAGUUCAUAUGGUUGGGGAUGUUCAAAGAUGACAACGAUAACCAAAUGAAGUGGUACGAUGGGACAAAUGUACAAUAUUCCAAGUGGAAAUUUGGCAGACCAGACAUAAACAAACCCUUCUUGGCAGGACUCAACGCUCAAGGCCUCUGGUUUUUGCUCACAAACAAACUCUAUUUCUCAGACUUCAAACAAAAGACCAUAGUGGCCUGUAAACUGGACCGUGAACCGAAACAAAAUUACAACCAGUCAGUUGCAGAUUUUCAAUACUAUGGAAACCUGACUUAUCAGGUUGUAACAAGGAGGUUGAGUUGGUACCAGGCUGUGGAGGAGUGUGGUCGGAGGGGUGGGCACCUGGCAAGUGUCCAUGACAUCCAACACAGUGCACAUGUGGAGCUCAUCGCCAAGACGGAUGGCUUUGCACUGUGGAUCGGACUAUCCAGCCAAGACGCUAGCGGUGCCGAUUACGAGUGGUCUGAUGGGACGAAGUUUAAUUACAAACCCACCAUUUCUGAGGCAAAGGAGAGCUCCAGCUCAGAGAGUCAAGAGGCAGGCUGUGUUUUUGUAACCCCUGCUGGAGUCUGGGUGAGGACCAGCUGCCACACUAUGGUAGAGGGAGCCAUCUGCUACACGACCAACAUAACCACCGCUUCUCAGAGAGCCAAACACCAGGCAAUCCCAGUAGCCAAUCGCUGCCCUCAGAUCGAUGGUAUGUCCAAAUGGGUCCAGCAUCAGGAUCAUUGUUACGCCUUUGACACGAGUUUCUACAACUACAGCAUAUACAGCAUGGAACAGGCCAAGAGCGUCUGUCAGAAUAUGGAUGCGGAGUUGCUGAUGAUAAAAACCAAAGAGGAGAACGACUUCGUAUCGCAGUAUACGCUGGAUGACCCUCACGUUACCAGUCGAGUAUGGCUGGGCAUGAACCUCGACUCUCAAGAUAAACCUGUGGCUUGGCUCGACGGCUCAGGUGUGGGUUUCUCCAACUGGAAGUCCGGGGCUUUGGCGUCUGGAAAGGCGUCGGAGCCUCGCUGUGCCGUCAUGACAGCGGGAGAAGGGGGAAUGUGGAGUCUGGUAAGCUGCAGGAACAGCCUCAGUCGUGUCGUCUGCAAAACUAAAGCGAAAUCUACAGGCUCUCCUGUGGCGCUGGGUUUCUUCAUCGUGCUCCUCAUAGCUCUGCUUUUAGCCGUCGCCUUCAUCGUCUACAAGAAGAAGAGAGCGAGCUUCUCGUCCACGGUCCGCUACAAGAGGACGUUUGACGAAACGGACACCACCAGUAUUAUAACAGAAGCUGAGUGAGCUGCUGAUCAGCCUCAGGGAAGUAAAGACGUGCCUGCCUCGUGUGCAUUCGAGUACUGCAAGUAAGAGCAGACGUUUUCCUUUUAAGUUAUUUAUUUACCCUGCUGAAGCCUGCAGACUUCCUAGAAUUAUGUGUAAAGCUGUAAAUAUUCAGAGAGUUGUGAAUAUGCACCAUUUCUUAAUUUUGGGUUCAUGACCUCCCGUGUCCAUGGUAACGCUCCGCUUGAUUCUUCUCUGUGAACGCAGAUCGACAUAUUGGGAGAAUCUAUUUUUUCUUUUUCUUUUUUAAACUGAUCUAAGGAAAUAUGCAGCCUGACAAAAUCAGUCUUACAUUCCCACUUUGCCACAACCAGGAUUUAUGAUGCACUGACGAGCGAGCAAAUGAAACAA